UCCAAACAUUCAAGCACUUGCACAUUUUUCAACAACAAAUCUCUGAAACCCAAUAUGGAUUUGAGAAUGAUGGGCCUCGAUUCUUCACUCUUCUCAGCCCUCCAACACAUGCUUGACGCCGCCGACGGCUCGGACAAAUCGGUCAGCGCACCUACCUGCACCUACGUCCGCGACGCCAAGGCUAUGGCUGCUACGCCGGCGGAUGUCAAAGAGUACCCGAAUUCCUACGCCUUCAUCAUCGACAUGCCGGGGCUGAAGUCCGGUGACAUCAAGGUUCAGGUGGGGGGCGACAAUGUGCUGGUGAUCAGCGGAGAGAGGAAGCGGAAGGAGGAGAGGGAAGGCGCAAAGUACGUGAGAAUGGAGAGGAGGGUGGGGAAGUUUAUGAGGAAGUUUGCGUUGCCGGAGAAUGCGAAUACUGAUAAGAUCUCUGCGGUUUGUCAAGAUGGGGUGUUGACCGUCACCGUUGAGAAGCUGCCCCCGCCGGAGCCCAAGCAGCCCAAGACCAUUGAGGUCAAAAUUGCUUGAAAUAUCAAGAGUUUUGGGAGGGUUUUUCUGGAUUUUUAACGGUCAAUGAUGUGGUAUUGUGGGUGUGUAUUAAAAUUCAAAGAAAAAAAUCCUAUGAUAUUUUCUUUGUAUUACAUAUUUAAAUUUUAAUUUGAGCCUGUAGAAUUAAAUUCGUAUUGCUUAAUAAUAUUACAUUCAAUCCAAUCUUCAGAUGUA